CCAAAAGAUUGUCUUGGCACAACGAGGUUCUCUUGUUUCCCUCUCUCUCUCUCUCUCUCUCUCACAGUUCUAUUCAUUGUUUCCAACCUCUGCAACUCUCUGAGGCUUGAGCGAUCCCACAAAAUUUUGUUCUUUUUUGUUUUUCCAAAAUCAAGAAAGAAGAAGAAGAGGAUGGCUGAAGCUCUGAUCGCUGCUGUUCAGGCAGUCCUGACUACCGUGAUUCCACUAGUAACUGAACCAAUCAACAGGGUAGUGUUUGAUUUCCAGGAACAUCUCAGAUUUUUCCGCAGUAGGUUAACCACGAUUCAAGCUCUCCUGCGCGACGCCGAAAAAAGCCCAAGAAAGAUAGAAUCAGAAUCCAUGAAACUGUGGCUGAAAAAUCUCAAGCUUGCAACUUGCGAGGCCGAGAACGUUCUUGAUCGGAUCGCUUACGAAUCUCUUCGAAACGAGUUGGAGGGGCGAAAGAGGGACAAGGUAAUCAGAUUCUUUUCGCACUCGAAUCCGUUGUUAUUUCGUCUCAAGAUUGCCAAUGAGGUAAAGAACGUCAACUCAUUGCUAGACAGAAUCUGCAAAGGGGCAAAUGAUAUUGGCCUUAGUCCGGUAAAUCUUGUUGAGCCUACUAGGCUGACUCACCCCUUUAUAGAUGAUUCAACAGUUGUGGGUAGGAAUGGUGAUGUCUCUAGGGUGAGAGACAUGUUACUUGGCUCCGGUGUAGAAGAUGAUCAUUUAGCUGUGGUUGCCAUUGUAGGAAUGGCUGGGCUUGGGAAGACAACCCUUGCUCAGCUACUCUACAAAGACAAGGAGGUGGUGAGUUAUUUUGAGCAGAAAAUGUGGAUUUGUGUAUUUGAUGAUUUCGGUGCUCAAAGGCUACUUAAUGAGAUGAUGCAAUCUCUGACUGGACAUAAAUCAGAUGCACCAAACAUUGAAGGAAUAGUGAGAAGACUUCAUGAGGAACUAAAUGGGAAGAAAUAUCUCCUUGUACUGGACAAUGUUUGGAACACAAGUGCAGACACAUGGGUAUGUCUACGGAAUUGUUUGCAAGAAAUCGGUGGUUGCAAGGGAAGCAAAAUUAUGGUCACAGCCCGUAGUAUGGAGGUGGUAUCAACCAUGCGAACGUCUCCAUCUCUCACUCAUCGCUUGAGUGAGCUAUCGUAUGAAGAAAGUUGGAACAUGUUUAGGAAAAGAGCUUUUGCGAAUGGCGGACCAAUAGAAAAUCGAACUUUGAUGGAUAUUGGCAGAAAAAUGGUAGCACAGUGUAAGGGUGUACCAUUAGCGAUAAACUCUUUAGGAGGUUUAUUGUAUUCUAAGCAGCUUCAAAGUGAAUGGGAGUUGAUUGAGAAGACUGAAAUGUGGGAAUCACUUGCAAAAGAAGAUGGGAUUCUUCCUGUAUUGAGGCUGAGUUAUGAUCAUUUACCGUCCCCAUACUUGAAACAGUGUUUUGCAUUCUGUUCUUUUUUCCCAAAGAACUUCGAAAUUCGAAAGGAUGAGCUGAUUUGGUUAUGGAUGGGUCUAGGAUAUCUUAAUUGUUCUUCAGGAGGCAACUGGGAAAUGGAAGAUGUAGGUAAUGAAUAUUUCAAUAUUUUGUUGCGAAAUUCGUUAUUGCAAGACGUGAAAUUGGAUGAGAACAAUGAUAUUGAAACCUGCAAGAUGCAUGACCUUGUGCAUGAACUUGCACGGGUUGUCUCAGAGGGUAGUUGUUUGACUUUGAAGGCUAGUGAGGUGAAGGACCAUUCCGAGGUUCAACAUCUGACAUUGCAUCUUGGAGAAGGAGAAGGCUUUGAGAAUUUAAAAGAUGGUAAAAGAUUGAGGACACUAUCUUUAACUGGACAUCUUCCCAAGGACUUUAGAGAUGUCAAAUAUAUUCGUGCCUUAACUUUGAAGAUGCGAGAUGUCAAAGAGUUGCCAAGUUCAAUGCGCAAGCUAAAACAUUUGAGGUACCUCGACCUCUCAAGCACUUCAAUUGAAAAGGUGCCAGAUUAUGUCACCAGCUUCUACAAUUUGCAGACAUUGAGACUGCCCCCUUUGUUUUUGAAGGAAUUAGAAGUUCUAGAAUUCCAUAAGUUAGUUAGCUUGAGACAUCUCUGUAUCAGUGAUAGAGAAGACCAUUGGAAAUCGAUGCCGAAGAUGAUAGGGCAUUUGACUUCUUUGCAAACACUACCAUUGUUUAUGGUUGGAGAGGACAAGGACGACAACAUUGAAGAGCUUGGAAGUUUAAGCAAAUUAAGAGGUAGAUUUGAUAUUUACGGUCUCCAGCACGUAAAAGACAAGGAAGAAGCAGAAAAAUGUAAAAUGCGAGAGAAAUCAGGGAUUACCAAGUUGGGAUUACAUUGGGAUGGGGACUUCAGUAAAUCUGGCGUGAACCAUGAGGAUGUGUUGCAAGGACUCAAACCUGAUAGGAAUGUCAAGCAUUUAUUACUCGAGAAUUUCAGGGGACGAAGACUUGCAUCAUGGAUGAGUGGAGAUGGCCAGCUUCUAUAUAAUUUGGUUAGGAUUGAAUUAAGGAGCUGCUUCAAUUGUGAACAAGUCCCAAGACUCGGGCACCUUCCACACCUUGAAGUUGUUGAAUUGGAUGGCUGGAGUAAUCUGAAGCGUAUUGGUCCCGACUUCUACGGAUUGAAUGAAAUAAUUGUCUGUGGUGGUAGUAGCAGUAGUGGGGCUGCACCACCAGCAGUAGUAUUUCCGGCAUUGAGAACCGUCUCUCUUAAAAAUAUGCCUCAACUAGAAGAAUGGUCAAACAUAUCAUCAUUGACCGUCGUUGCCCCUAGUACGUUGGAGUUCUUUCCCUGUCUUGAGCUGUUGCGUAUCUGGAACUGCCCUCAAUUGAUAACGAUUGCAGGCGAUUUGUUAUCCAUUCAAACUUUAACUAUUAGUUGGGAGAGUUUGGACUCUUCUGGAAAAUGGCGGGAUUUCUACAAACCUCGCUUGGCCAUAGGGGUACUUGAUUCAACAAAUAUUUCUCUUCUCAUGGCACAAUUGCUGGAAAAAAUCUGCAAAUCCCUAAGGAUUCUGGAGAUAUCAGGAUUCAAAGAGCUGUGUUAUUUGCCAAACCAGCUAUUGGACCUAUCAUCUCUUGAGAGGUUAGAGAUAUCCAAUUGCUCUAAUCUGGAUUCUAUAAUUGAGAAUAAAGAAGCAGCAUUCGACGGCCUAAGGUCUCUUCAAUGGCUUUGGAUUUGGAAGUGCAUUAAGUUGAGAUGUUUGCCAAAAGGGCUACUACAACAAACCCUUGUAACAUUAGAGAUUAAGGAAUGUCCGGAUUUAGAAAUGGCGCAUCCAGAUGAAUUGCGAACCCUCUCAUCCCUUAAGAAUCUGAGAAUAGAAAGGUGUCCAAGAUGGAAGAUUUAUUGGGAGGAGGGGCUGCUCUGCCUUACUAGCCUUAAAAAACUGGUGAUAGGGGGCUUCUCAAGGGAGCUUGAAUAUUUCCCAUGGCCCUCCUCAGCUAGAAGUGGUACUGCAACUGCACCUAACAACGAAUUCCCCUUCAUCUCCCUAGAGUCUCUAAGUUUAUUGGGCUGGAAAAAGCUCAAGCAUCUGCCCGACCAACUUCAGCACCUCACUACCUUGAGAGAGUUGAAAAUUCGCUCUUUCAAAGGGUUGGAAGCUCUGCCUGAGUGGUUGGGCAACGUUUCAGCGCCUCAAACUUUGUACCUCUAUCAUUGCAGCAACCUGGCAAGUUUUCCCUCACAGGAAACAAUCAAUAAGGAAAGGGGCGCAAAGAAUUACCUCAAUCUAUCUAUCUACUACAAUGUCUGGUCUUCAGACGACUUUCAAUAACCAGCCACGUAAUUGGAAAUUCAAGACAAUAUGCACUAGAGGCUUAAGCUUUCAAAAUUGAGUCCAAGUUAAAUAGACAUUUGUGUGCGCUCAAGUGUAACGGUUCCCUCUGGAAUUCUAUUUCAUGAAGAUGAAGCAAGGAAAAUCUCCAGCCAAUCAUCUGAGUUCUCGAUUUCUGCAUUUUUCUUUACUUUGCAGUUUUCAGAGUAGAACUUCCAGUCCAUUUAUUUUGACCUUACGCAUCCAGCUAUUAUGAUCAGAAAGACGAAGGGCCCAAAGGUCUGAAUAGGGGGUACCAAAUUCCCCAUCUCAUUUUUCUGACACCCCCGUUGAAAAUGAACGAUCACUGGUUGUGACUGCUCAUGAAAUAAUGAAAUAACUCCAUUGAAGAAAGUCGUUUUGCGAUUGUAAUCUGCUCAAUGUGAAGAUUUUGGCGAUGGAUGUCAAUGCUCAAUCUCUCAUUCAUUUGGCAAGUGAAUUGUACAAAAUAGCUGCAUCAGUAGGAGAAUUUGGAGUCUCAACAUGUACAUUAUAUCGUUUAGUAAGUUCUUGAUUUCCCUUUUGAUCAAGCAAAUCAUUAAUUUCUUAUUUAGCCCUAUUUGUUCAUUCAUUGUUGUUUGGUAGUACUUAACACAAUAAACUUGGACUCACUGCAAUCAAGUUCGGAUCUUGUAAACGUAACUUCUCUCUCUUACAUGUCCAUCUGUUAUAGACCUGCUUUUUUAUAUGUUAGAAAAUUGUUGUCAUUGAGCUUCCCAGAAUUCCACGUAUGGUAUCAUAAACAACCGAUUAGGAGCAUUUAUUUCUUCUCUUCUAGCGAUGCUUGGAUUUAACAGUGAUUAAUAAAUUGCUGUAUUUGGAACUUUCACAACAUGUUAGUCCUUCCUAUUCCAGUUCUGAUUAUAUCAGUUAAUAGGUCAGAAUACUCCCGAUAUUCGAUCAUAAAGCUUAACUCAAGGAAGCAGAUACUUGCAUCAUGGAAACUCAGCCGGACUUUGAGCAUCAGUUACUAUGUCUACCAAUUGCAAAUUAAGGCUAGCAGAUCUCUGCCAUCUUAAUCAAAGUGCAGAAAAAUUAAGAUAGACCACUUCAAGUUGUUCCAUGAGUACUACAUGUGAAGGAAAAAGAAUUAUUGGGUUGAUUGUUUCGGGUUGAAAAGAUUAAGUGCGGCUCAAGAUUUGCAUUCAUCACUCUCCAAAUGCUUAAAGAUAUUAUCUCAUUUGUAUGCUCCCUCCCUCUUUACGAGAUGGCACAAACAGUAAUUCAACUCUUUAGAUUACACUGCAGCUUCUAAUUGAAAAUACUUUUCUUAAGUCAGCCCCCCUGGGUCUAAAAUUCUGGCUCUGCCACAGUUUUUUUCCCUUAACGGAGUUGGUCGAACAGGCUCUAAUGGAAGAUAGUGUGUUUGCUGAUGAUGUAGAGACUGAACAAUUGGCCUUCGUAAACUGUCCAGCUUGUAGCAGCAUUGCAAAAAUGCAGUUGCAGUGCAACCCAAGCCAUCUUGGAAGUCAUCGAGAAAGAAAUCGAGGAAUCGAAGCCAUGCAGAGUGGGGCACCUAUUAGCCUAAGCAGCUGGCCAAGCAACCAGAACAAAACACUGGGACUAAGAUGCAUGCUUAGCAUGGAUGCAUCUAUCAGCCUCCUGUAUCCAGGUCCAACGCGUCAACUAUGAAAAUGUUUGGAGUCUUUGGACACGUGUCGAAAACUGUAUCCAAUCUGUUGGGAGUGUUGUAUCAUUUUAGUUUGACACGGUGGUAACACAUUAAGAGGUUGGGUUGCAAUUUGAAACAAUUGGGGCAAGAUCGAACUUGUCAUGAUGCUUUGUUCUUGAAUGGUUAUGUUAGCGACUGUUGUUCUUAAAUCUUCAUAAAGAUGAUCAUAUCUUUUAUCCCUCA